ACUGAGCUUGCACCGUCCGUGUCAACAGGCCAUGGGAAAGAUCACUUUCUACGAGGACCGGGGCUUCCAGGGCCGCUGCUACGAGUGCAGCACCGACUGCCCCAACCUGCAGCCCUACUUCAGCCGCUGCAACUCCAUCCGCGUGGACAGCGGCUGCUGGAUGCUCUAUGAGCAGCCCAGCUACUCCGGCUGCCAGUACUUCCUGAGGCGCGGCGACUACCCAGACUACCAGCAGUGGAUGGGCCUCAGUGACUCCAUCCGCUCCUGCCGCCUCCUCCCACACGCAGGCUCCCACAGGCUGCGGCUGUAUGAGAGAGAAGACCACAAGGGCCUCAUGAUGGAGCUGAGCGAGGACUGCUCCUGCAUCCAGGACCGCUUCCACCUCAGUGAGGUCCGCUCCCUGCAUGUGCUGGAGGGCCACUGGGUCCUCUAUGAGCUGCCCAACUACCGUGGGCGGCAGUACCUCCUUCGGCCCCAGGAGUACAGGCGGUACCACGACUGGGGGGCCAUGGAUGCUAAGGCAGGCUCUUUACGGAGGGUGGUGGAUUUAUACUAAAAUAGGUUAACACUACCAUUUUCUCAUUUUGGAACCUAAUAAAGUAUUUAGUCUGUAUUGUUGGCAA